GGAGGUUAAGCGUUUGAAGCUCAUUUUUCAAAUGACAUUGAAUGCAGCAUGACGUAAACAAACACCGACUCCAGAGGCACCAAAGUGGUUGCUGCUAGGAUGCAGGAUGAAGCGAAAAAGGCGAGCGACGAUUACUGCGUAUUUAAAAAAGACCAACAGUGUAAGUAGGCGGGACCGAUCUGUCUGUUUAUGCGUGUUGGUUCUAGUUUCAGUACGUUGUUGUCAGUUAGUGAUGGGAAUUACGGCUCUUUUUAGAGAGCCGGUUCUUUAGGCUCAGCUCAUCAAAAAGAGCCGGCUCUUUCGGCUCCCAAGUGGCUCCUCAGAUUUUCUGUUGCGUAAAGUCCAUUUAUAAUCAAAAUAAUGCAAAACUAUAUGUAAAACGAUUUACUAAUGUAAAAAAAAAAAGCUAUAUAUCAAAUAUUUUUCAUUUCUAUGGAUUUAUUAACUGAACACUUUAAGAAAUCUCCACUUUCCGACUGCUGUCACUCCCAAUGACGAGCCGGCUCCCGUCGUUCACUCUUAGAGCCGGUUCGUUCGCGACCAACACAUCACUAUUGUCAGUGUUGGGACUUACUCGUUAUAAGUGCCAAAGCCUCAUUGCUGACUUUAACAAGUCUCAUCUACAAAUAUGAUCCCUCAAGAAGUUACUACUGUACACCAGAAGAUAGUGGAGAUGCGGAACCUUCAGGCUGAGCAAAGUUUGGGAGUUUUUAGAGUCUGAAAAUCGCCUCCCGCCGAGAGGCUCCCAGUCGGGGAGAGGAGGAGACGUGUGCAGCAUGAAGAGUGCAAAUCUUAGAUAAAACGUACAAAUGCCGGCAGAUCUGGUCUUUGUUGACUGAUCACUUUGUCUGGUCAUGACUGACUCUGAUUAUGAAGCAGAAUAUUGACUCUGAUGAAGAAAUUCACUCAUCCAGCCGGGAAGAUUGACGCUGCUGCAGCAUCAGACAGCUGGUGCUGCACGAGAGGUGUGUGGAGUUUACAAGCUCCAAACAUUGGGUUUGAUGUUGGUUUAACCUUCUUUGGGACGUGAUGGAUGUAGAAAUGAUGGUAAAACACCGCGAACGUGACAGACGUAGCAACAAUGUAAAAAAAAAAAAAGCCGUGAAAAAGAGGCAGAUGCUGAUGCGUUAUUUAUGGAAGUCAAGUGUGUCACAUAAUCAUAAAAAAGUUAAAUAUAAAAUUUAAAAAGAGAUUUAUAUAUUUAUGUAUAAAUAAAAACUUUCCAAAUAUAAUGAAAAUGUAUAAAUAAUGUAAAAAUACGAAGGAACAUCUGUUGGUCAGGCUGAAAAGUUUGGGAACCACUGCUCUAAGUGAUAAGUGAAUAUUGUUUCGUAUUAUAUUUUAUGUGCAGUUUUUAGGGCUUUUAUGUUUUCUGUAAAGAUCGGUAUGCUGAAAAUCAUUUAAUGUUUUGCAUAAAGCAUGAGGUUCUGGUUAGUAAUUGAUUGGGAGAAUAACAGAUGACUGAAUUAAAUAGUGGGGCGCCUCUGUCAGAGCGCCCCAGGACAGCUGUGGUGACAUCGUAGCUCAUCACCAUCAGUGUGUGAAUGUGUGUGAAUGGAUGAAUGAUACACUGUAGUGUAAAGCGCUUUGGAGUCCUUACUCUGAGAGGCGCUAUACAAGUGUGGGUCAUUUAUCAUUUAUAGUGUUGAUCAGGCAGAGCUCUGUUGCCAGCGCUCCACUGCAUAAUGGCUUCAAACACGUAUAUAAAAGUUAGUUUUUACGUAAACCGUUAAAUUACACAAACUGACUGAGCUCUAGUUAAGGCGCUUGCAUUAGUUUGUGUAUGUGUACGUGUACGUGCACGUGUGUGUGUGUGUGUGUGUGUGUGUGUGUGUGUGUGUGUGUGUGUGUGUGUGUGUGUUUGGGGGAGGUACAUUGGAACUUUGUCCCCCCCCAGUUUGAAAAUCCUAUCUGCGCCCCUGCUCUCAUCAUCAACCAUCUAAAAUCUCACUCUUCAUUGUCGCACCUACCUGCACCUCGGCAGGUCUGGCGCUCCCUGUCUCACCCUCAGCAGGUCUGGCGCUGCCUGUCUCACCCUCAGCAGGUCUGGCGCUGCCUGUCUCACCCUCUUCAUCAUUUUCCUGCUGAACUUCCUCUGGUCUCUUAUAUGAAAAAAGUGACAUGAAUAAGGUUUAAAAAUAAAAUAUGAUGAGAAUGUCACAAACAAGCAACAAUCACAUUUAUAAAUUCCAUUUUCAUGUGGAGAUUCUACUUUUUUAUUUAUUUCGUGUCAAAUGGUUUUUGUCUGUUACUGUCAAAUCGUGUCAAAUUCACCAUUUUUUGUUGACUAGUAGUGUUGUUUAAUGUUUAAUGCUGCCUAGCAAGAUGUUAACAUUAGUCAGCCAGUCUAACGUUUGACCAGAAAUACAAUUAUCCUCUUGGACUAAAUUAUUACCAACUCACAUUUCCUUUCUUUCUUUUUUUGCCCAUGAGAAGAACUCGCUGAGCUGCUGCCGUCCCGGCCCCAACUCCCGCUUCACUCAGCCAGCCUGUCUAACUCCCUGAGGGGAGGCGCUGUGUCGGUGAGAAGCAUCGACAUAUAUACUGGACAGUUCAUUUCCAUAGGCUCCAAUAGCACGUUUUUGAGGCUAAAUGGGAGGUGGCCACCACCGCCAUUUUGACCGUGUCACAGGUUCUGUCAAGCCCAGACAAUUCCACAAAAGGGAAGAGAGGAGGAGCUGAGGGUGGGGCUGUAACCCCCAAAUUCCACUACCUCCGCUCCGCUCCAACACGAACGCCGGAGCAAAAUCGGUCCCGUUGUAGUCAAUCAGAGCAAUUCCACUACUGCGGCCGUGCUCCGGCAGUGCGGCGCCGUGCGCCGCCCUCUGUUCCGGCGUCCGGCAAAAAUAGAAUCGAUCCUAUUUUCGCCGGACGCCGGAGCACCUCCGCAGUCAAUGGACAGAAAUCCCAACUGUCCAACAGGAAAAGGAGCAAGCACGAUUUCCGUUUUUCACAAUAAAUCGAUAAACAAAAGGCGUUUUUUGUUUCAUAUGCACAGGUUUAACAACUUUUAACAACUAUCAAUGGCGGCUGAAGUUUAAAUGCACAAAAGUAAGCCAUAAAUACAGUUUCUACUAUCAAAGCAGUCACACUUUGUUGAUCCAAACACUGCUGAUCUCUCAACACAAAUGAUGGGCAGAUUAAACAGUUCAUUUCGAUGCUUCUCCCACAAAACGGGUGUUUGGAUCUAACUUCCGCGUUUAUUGCUCGGGCUGUAUCGCAAGAUCUCGAAAAUCCCGCGCAUGCUUGUUUGCCCCCCUCAGGUCUCCGCACCGGAGCGGAGCCGUUGUAGAGCGGGUUCCAGUAAAAAUUGAGUUCGGAAGCGAGCGGCUGCAGAAGGCGGGGGCGGACCGGAGCGGACCGGAGGUAGUGGAAUUUGGGGGUAAGGCUGGGAUCAACUGACAACACCCGGUCGAACUAGCUACAAGCUAACCUGAAGCUAACCCAAAGCUGACGCAGGUAGCAACCUAGCUACAACCGGAGUUAACUGUGCACAACACCAGAGCUUCUGAGUCAGAGAUACGCUGGGCUGACUGCUGUGUAAAACCGGGUGGAACACAGAGGUCUCCCGAAAGCUGCUGAAAGCCGGCAGCCGCACAGCAGACAGAAGCCGCGAUCAGACAGCGAUGCGCCGAGCUGCGGGGAGAAACAGCCAGCAUUCCGGGUGGAAAACAUCGGUCUCCCGAGAGCUCCACAAGCCGAUAGUCGGAACCCAGCUCCACCAACAUGUUAUAUUUAAACCCAUUUUCUAAAGUGCAGCAUUAUGUUAAAUGCACUGGGUUUACCCUAUUACAUUUAAAUUUCAUGGUUAAACAGUACAUGUUAAAAUCUAAGCUCAGCUCGGCAGUGACCUAAAAUACAUAAAUAUAAUUUUACUUACCGAAAAAAAUGAAGUGGAGACUCCUUGGACGCUCUAUUAGUGCAAUUAAUGCCACAGCAAGUCAUUUUGUCCAACAAUUGCACAAAAAAUAUCCAAACAAGAAUACACAAACACAGAGACUCAAAAUCCCGGAACAGUUUCCAAGCCAGACCGAGGCUCUACUGAGGCCUUUCCACGGAGCUAGCUCUGUGGUCACGUGGGUCUGAUGCUCAUUAAUUAUGCAGAAUUUUAGGCUUUUAAUACACUUAAACAGAAGAGUGAGAAAAAAAAUUCACCCCCCUCAGAGUUGUCAUGAGUGUAAACUAGAUCAAACUAGAUGUUCACUCUGAUUUUAGCGAUUUGCUUCACCUCCAAAGACAUUACUGUCUUAUUUUUACUUCCAGGUGCCGCCAUGAUGCCAACCAAAAACACCAAACUUCUUCUUUUUCUUCUUCUUGUGCAUUUUAUUAACGAUUGGUAACUGAAAAUGUGAACCGCUAGAAAAACAGCUAACAGCCGUCAAGCAGAUAAAGAGCACCCCCGCCCCCUUUUGGAGCACCUACCCACUCCACAAAAACUAUCAAGUGUGAUUUUUGGUCAGCAGAUGGCUGCAGAGUGGUAUCAAAUAUGUCAUCAAUUACUGAGAUCAAUGUUAAAGCUCUUGCUUAAAGAGCAAGUCUCUCCCAAAUCAACUUUUUAUUCUGAUAAACUAUAUAAACGCGUGUGUAAUCAUGCUGCAGACAUGUGUAGUCAAUAGUUUAGCACUUUAAUGCAUUUUAGGUAAAAAUUUUAUUUUCUGCCUAAAACUGUCAGUGUUGUGCCGUUGUCAGGUAAAAACGCUGCGCUGCACUUGAAUUAAAAUCUGCCACUGCUAUUAAAUAAGAGGUACCCUAGAACGUUAGCUGGUACAAUGUGAUGUCACAAUGUCAUUGUGAGCCUGUGUGUGUGUGUGUGUGUGUGUGUGUGUGUGUGUGUGUGUGUGUGUGUGUGUGUGUGUGUGUGUGUGUGUGUGUGUGUGCAUUUGUUAGUGGCUCCGCCCUCUCGGUCUGCUAGGCAACAGCAUUUGUUGCAUUUUUCAAACAGGAUGUGGGAGUGGAGUAAGACUCUGGUAGUACUUGCUCUUUAAAGAGCAAGUCAUUCCAAAUCAACAUUUUUUUUGCUGAUAAACUAAAUAAACGAGUGUCUGAUCGUGCUGCAGACACGUUUAGUCAAUAAUUUGGCACUUCAGUGCAUCUUAGUUAAAAUUUAAAUGUUCUGCCUAAAACUGUCAGUGUUGCACCGUCGUCAGGUAAAAACUCAGCACUGCAUUUGAAUUUAAAUCUACCACCGCUAUUGGCUAAGAGGGACACUAUGAUGUUAGAUGGUACAUUAUGAUGUCACAAUGUCGUGUGUGUGUAUUUGUUAGUGGCUCCGCCCUCUCGGUCUGCUAGGCAACGGCAUGUGUUGCAUUUUUCAAACAGGAAGUGGGAGUUGAGUAAGAAUCUGGUCGUGGGUGACUUGCUCUUUAAGUGGUUUGCUGAAUUAGAAAUUAUUUACUUCUGCAGAUCCUUUUCAUUUCCUCCAACAAUGAGAGCAAAUGAUGCGGCAGACCGUUGUAGAGUCUGAGUCACAGUUUUAACAAUGAACAUAAUUGUCGUCUCAGUUAGAAUUCAAUAAGUAUCUCCCCUGUUUCUCCUAAGUGUGUUACUACAGAAAGUUUAUUAACUAAUGAGCUUAUUGUCACAGAUAAAGCGCUGAUGAAGUUAUCCGUUUUGUUUAUGUGGCUAGCACCGGUAAGGAUCGUGUUAGCUCAGAGAUGUAUUUAUUGUCAUAAUUGAAAGGAAAGAAGAAAAGGCAUGAUCAUAGGAUGGGAAAGUGGUGGGAGGCACUAUCAUCCACUCCCGAGUCCAGGCAUGUAAUUUCUGUUUUAAAUUCACAGGCACAGAGAAACAUUAUCAAACAGAAGUGAAACCAAAAAAUGCUCCAGUUGCUGAGCACCAGCAGUCCCGUGGAAAAACCGACGUUCAGAUAUCUCCGCAUCGUCCAAAGCUGAACUAUGGAAAGCUACUGAGACCCAUUGUUUUGCUUUGAUGUAACCACACUACACAUGAGAAGACAAGCAGCGACAAAGUGAGAGGAGAGACGUUCAAGCGAGCAGUAAUUUCCUUAGAUUGCAGUUUUCUGGGACAUAAUUGGAUUUAAUUGGUUCCUUUUUCAGUUGACUCUUCAGGUUUUUGUUUUUAAUUAUGAGGAAACUGGGUUUGUCUGUCUUUUAGGGCAAUAAAUAGUGCACCUAAGAGCGUGUUUUCAUGGAGGCAUGUUGAUUUACAGCUCAAGGUGGAUGGGGUGGUUUGAUUUGGUGCUAUUAUUGUAAGAUAUGACCCAAAUAUUUUCAAAGCUGCUGACUCCUCCUGUGAAAUAUUGAUAAGCUUUUCCAACUGUGGGCCCAUGCUGUAAAGUUAAGACCAUUUGAUCAUCCACCUCUCAGACGUCGAUAGAAGUGAUUUACUCGCUCUAUUUUCAAGUUUUAUUUUCAGCCAGCCAAUCAUCUGUUUUGACCUGACACCUGGAUCCUGGACUUCUGCAUUUUGUCAACCAGAUGAGGUUCAUCGGCUCGUCCUCCGCCCUCCACCCCCAGGCUGUAGGGAGCCGGCUUUAUGCUGAUGAUCCUGAGAUGUUGCUGGAGGUUUAAUCCCCUCACUGUGAGAAAUGAGCUGCUCCUGCUCUCCCUUUUGCUCCUUCAACUUUGAUCAAGCCCUAAUGUGAUUAGUCAGUGACCCUGACGUGACUGGAUCAGGAACAUGUAAGAGAAACCCAAAGAAGAAGGGCGGGAGGCAGAAGAUCGUCUGAUCUGACCAGUAAACUUGGAGAAGAAAGGAAUUAUUCUGAAGGUGUCUGUCUUGCAGCCCUGCCUUGUGGGUAAUAAAGGUUUCAUGUAUUCGCUUUACCCAGGCAAAAAUUGCGAUCUAUAAUGACCUGACAUUUCUUUUUCUUUUUUUUUAAACCAUCCAAGAGGCUCAUGAUUUGAAUGUUAACCAGGACUUUACUUGACGAGAGGUGCAGUCCACCGGGAGGAAACUUCCUUUGAAAGCUGUCGGAUCUAAGCGCAUUUCACUCGAGUUUUCAUGGUAAAUUAAUGUAAAUCUUCUGCUGCCUGCAUUAAGGAGCAAAAUAUUUGUUUUUAUUUCACCUCCUGCCACUGCAGUGCAGCUGUGAAAAAAUAACACAUUGCAACAUAUUUCAUCUGACAGGUUGUCUGCACUGAACUCCUCAUACAUGUCCUGAUGAAGCUUUUCUGGUCCAUGACCUGGAACUGGACCACCUCCACGUGCUCCAAGCAUCACCUUGUUGCUAUUGAUGGUGUGUGAUGGUGAAAUAUGGUCAUUUCAACUUUGGAGGCCAUACAGCUGGGGUGUGUAGUGUAAAAUGUUCAUUGAUGUUCAUUGUAACCUAAAAUUCUGACUCUGUUUUAUGACAUAAAGUUGGUAAUGUUUCGUAAUUUAUAUUUAACCCAAGCCCCUCCUUUGGCCCUUAAACCAAUAGUUUAUGCAAGCCUAGAGCGUUGUAUCCAUAAGAGGGAGCUGUGAAUCAACAACAAAAUGCCCCAGUUCCCAGUUUGCACAAUGAGUGGAUGCAGAUGUAGGGUUUGAGAAACUGAGUGCUUUAAGAGCUCAUUAUAAAUUACCUCUACUUAUGACCAAUGAGCUGUGAUACUCUAUAUAAAUAUAGAAUAUCAACCCUGCUUGGUCUUUCCUGUCUUUAAUCAGAAGAUUCUAGGAUACAUUGUUUUAUUCAGGGAUUGUACACACCUCAUUUUUAUUCAGAAAAGAGUCAGGUUUAUAAAAGUAAGAAUUUAUUUUACAAACAAUUAAAACAUGACAGGUUAACUAACAUUUACUGUGAUGGAUGGAACUAGAUGUGAUGUAUGAAACCUAGGUGUGAAUGAGAUGUUAUCAGAACUUCCGUAUCUAGGAGAGCCGAGUUCUGGAUGUAAAAGAAUUUGGUUUGAGUUAAGCUAUGAAGUUGGUUGUUAUCAAAAACACAUCAGACGCAAUCUGUCAGGUCUACGUACCCACUCGAAGACCUUCGUUGUAGAUCCGGAAUGUCGAAGUCCUAGGACUUUAAGGCACCGAGGUCCACAUAAGAAACUGCGGCACUACUAGAUCGGUCUUAGAGAAGUCUCCAGGUCACAACAGAUGGAUGGAACCGCGCAUCAGGGACUCUUAAGGAGUCUGAACAAUAUCAGCUUGUUCUGCAGGAAUGGUUUGUUGUAUCAGCUUCGCAGGUGCAAAAAGAUUUUGACGUGUCAAAAGCUUUGGUGGGUGAAAGAGGGUUUGCUUCAGAUGGCAGGUCUGAAGCUUUCUCAAGAACUGAUGAAUCACCAGAGUGAUCCUGUUUUAAUGUUCUCAUGUUAUGAUUUGUGUAGCCAACCAGAGGUUGACAAGUUGAGGAAUAUUACCAAGACAACUCAGAAAUACGCCUUCUUUGAUCCGGAUGCUCUGAUCUGGGGUAAAAGGCUAUCAAUGUGUCACGCCGUCGUCAUAUUCCUCCGCUUAUCCGGGUCCGGGUCGCUGGGGGCAGCAUCCCAUCUAGGGAGCUCCAGACCGUCCUCUCCACGGCCACCUCCACCAGCUCCUCUGGCAGGACCCCAAGGCGUUCCCGGACCAGAUUGGAGAUGUAAACUCUCCAACGUGUCCUGGGUCGACCCGGGGGCCUCCUGCCGGCAGGACAUGCCCGAAACACCUCCCCGGGGAGGCGUCCAGGAGGCAUCCUGACCAGAUGCCCAAACCACCUCAACUGAACUUUCGAUCCGGAGGAGCAGCGGUUCUACUCCGAGUCCCUCCCGAAUGUCCGAGCUCCUCACCCUAUCUCUAAGGCUGAGCCCGGCCACCCUACGGAGGAAACUCAUUUCGGCCGCUUGUAUCCGCGAUCUCGUUCUUUCGGUCAUUACCCAAAGCUCAUGACCAUAGGUGAGGAUUGGGACGUAGAUCGACCGGUAAAUCGAGAGCCUGGCUUUCUGGCUCAGAUCCUUCUUCAUCACGACAGAUCGGCUCAGCGUCCGCAUCACUGCAGACGCCGAACCAAUCCGCCUGUCAAUCUCCCGAUCCCUCCUACCCUCACUCGUGAACAAGACCCCGAGAUACUUAAACGCCUCCACUUGAGGUAGGACCUCUCCCCCGACCCGGAGGUGGCAAGCCACCCUUUUCCGGUCGAGAACCAUGGUCUCAGAUUUGGAGGUGCUGAUCCUCAUCCCAGCCGCUUCACACUCGGCCGCGAACCUACCCAGCAAGAGCUGAAGGUCAGAGCUGGAUGAAGCUAGGAGGACCACAUCAUCCACAAAAAGCAGAGACGAGAUUCUCCUGCCACCAAACUCGACACACUCCACACCACGGCUGCGUCUAGAAAUUCUGUCCAUAAAGGUAAUUGACAGAACCGGUGACAAAGGGCAGCCCUGGCGGAGUCCAACCCUCACCGGGAACAGGUCCGACUUACUACCGGCAAGGGCGUCAGUUUGUUUUCAGAAUUGCUGGGGACAAUAACCAUACACUUGAGUGGGGUUUAAAAAUUGCUGGGGACAAUAUAGGCUAGCACAGGGGUCGGCGGCUCUGUAGCCGCAUGCGGCUCUUCCAUCCAUCUGAUGCGGCUCUCUGUGCUUGUAAAAUAAUGAAUGAAUAUUUAAAUAAAAUGCUUUAUAUUUUACUGCAUUAAUUUUACAUCUGUAAGCUAAUUCUAAAUGUAAAGUUUGUCUGCGUAAACCUGAACAGUUCCAACCCGGUCUUACUGUGAGACCGGGUUGACGCGUCACGCUUGUGUGUAAUCAUAGGCGCUUCCUGAGCUGGAGGAUGUGAGAUUCUGGGAUUCUCCUCAGAUGCUCCUGGAUGCGUCGCCACAUUGGAGACAGGAACAAGCGCUAUUCAGCCAAAGUUUCAUAAUCAGGGAACAUUUUCUAAGUGACAAGUCUCUGAGAGACCGGGUUUGGAAAACACUCGCUUCAGUGGGAGGCAGUGUUGGGAACGUUACUUUAAAAAAGUAAUUAGUUAUAGUUACUGAUUACUUUGUCAAAAAAGUAACUCAGUUACUAACUGAGUUACAAGAUCAUAAAAGUAACUAAUUACCAACAAAAGUAACUACUUAGUUACUUUUUUCAUUAAAGAAUGCAAGAAUUACUACAAUAGUAAAAUAUAAAUGACUGAUGACUGGAACAUAAUAAAAUGUAUGUCCAAAUGUUUUAUAUAAACCUGAAUAAUUUAAAUAAAUAAGCACUUAACAGGAGGAACUACUAAUAGGAACAUUAAACUAAUCUAGACUAUUAAAAGGUCACUGUGUGAUAUUUAACAAAAACCCAAUCAGCUAAAAACUAAAAUUGCAAAUAGAAACACCUGUAAAGGUUCCCGAGCCUUUAAAUGGUCUCUCAGUCUAGUUAAAUUACAGAAAUAAAUGUAAUUUUGCACAGCAUUUUAAUUUUUCCAGCUUCACAUAAUUGUGUGUUUUCAGCAGCAUUUCUGUUGCAGGUAAUCUAGUAAUGGUUAAAUAAAUAAAUAAAAUCCUUUAAAAUGACACUAGAAGAGGCACAAGCCUGAUGGAGGACUUACAUUUACUAACGUGGGUCAGACCCAAACACAGAAGAGCUGAAGCUGGGUGGUAAACACACACAGGUAGUUCUAAUAACACCUGAGCUCCAUGCCGUCUGAGACUGAUGCAUCAGUGUUACAGCGGGACUAAAGACAUGAUCAGAAACAGGUUACAGCUGGAUGAUCUAGGAAGGCAGAAGAUCAGGACGUCUGAGCGGUGAACAGGUGAGCGGACCUUCGGGACGUCCCGCUGUCACGCUAAGGGCACGGCUGCAGACCCGCAGAUUCGCUGCUGCACGCAUUUUCUUAUCAGUAACAGGAACGACGUUUUGAUACAAGAAGACGAAAUUAAUUAGUUUGCUCGUUACAGAAAGAAAUAUUUUUUAUUAAAGCGGUUAUUUUAAACGGAGUUAUUCCCGUUGUGUCUACAGAAUGCAGUGACUGAGACCGUGAGGGUCUCCGCCCACCCGGCCAAUCAUCAUCGUGUUUGUAAGUGCGUUACCGACAUCUCUCUCUCCCUGGCUGCAGCUGAAGUGUGGCGGUCAGAAAGCCUCACACUGUUGCUCAACGUUCGACAAGCACAUAGUAACGUACAACGUUCCGUCCCCAGUAACGGUAACGGCGUUGCAACGGCGGGAAAAGUAAUUAAUUAGAUUAUUCCGUUACCUAUAAAAGAAUGCCGUUAGAAACGCCGUUAUACUUAAACGGCGUUACUCCCAACACUGGUGGGAGGAACCUUCCCGCAUGCGCUCUGGUUCUGAGAGCCUGGAUUUGUAUUCUGAACAGUCUAAACAUGUUUUUAAAAGAAACUUAUGACAAAAGUGGCACCUGCUCAGUAAAACCACCAACAGGGUGAAAAAUAUCUAAAUAUUGUUGGCAGAGACGGGCUACAACUUCUGGAUCAUCUUUAUACAAAUCGUUUUAUUGAUUAUCGUCUUAUGAAAGAUAACUUUGACGUACACGAGCGACCAGGCGUGUUGCAAGAUUUUCAAAAGUGUGGGGGAUGUUGUCUGUGCCUAAAAUAAUUUGAUGUUAUUCAUCUUGUUAGUUUAAUUUCCAUAAUAGCGGAGCAGGUGCGAAUUUUAGACGUGUCACGCAUGUUUCCGUUUUAAACAUGUUUAAACUGUUCAGAAUACAAAUCCAGUCUCUGUCUCGUUAGAUUGGUGUAACUAAAGUUUGUGCUGAAUGAAACUUUACAUUAAACCAUGUUGAAAAGAAAAGGACCCGAUUAAAUCGUUUCCCCCUCAUUUUACAGUCAGUACAGCGCAGUGCGCGUGGCUCUGGGGUUAAUCAGAUUUAAUUGUUUCUCUUUGCAACAAUCUUCACAAGAAGGCAAAACAGUUAAAUGGCAGGUUACAGAUAUUUCCAUUUGACUUUUAUUUUGACGGAUAAACUCAAGGAUGUUGGUUGAUUUGAAAGAAUUACCCCGACGCGCACUGAUGCGCAUGGAUGAGCUGACAUUUUAAUACGCACAUCGCAGAGGUAACUUGAUUCCCAUCAGAACAUCAGAGAUUUAUACUGGACACUGUGUUCAGCGCGGCUCGGAGCGCCCACGGUGGACAGUGGGCUGAAGAUCUGAGGGGUUUGCAGCGCAGCGCAGAACCACGGUGCAUGCGGCAAGAUUUCCUCCCACUGAAGCGGUCUGGAAACCCGGUCUCUCUGAGGGAUGUGUCACUUGGAAAAAUGUUCUUUUUAUGAAAUUAUGAAACUUUGGCUGAAUAGCGCUUGUUCCCGUCUCUAAUAUGGACACGCAUGACGCAUCCAGUCUGAGGCAGAAUAGCAGCUCAAAAAGCACCUGUAGAGACAUUUGAUUACACACAAAGUUUAUGUGGAGCAGAAGCGGUCGGGCCACGGUAGGUGAAAUGUUCCUAGCCUACAUGAAGUGAAACUGUUUAAUUGUAACAUUAAUAUGUUACUGGACAUGCUGGUCUGGUUGGUUAGACCAGUGUUUGAAGUGGAAAACACACACACACACACAUUAAAAUAAUGCUGAUAGCGUGGACUAGCAGGUGAUGGUUUACGUAUUUAAAUGAUGAUCAGGCUGCUGUAAAAUGUAAUCUCCAUCCACAUCCAGACAGAAUUAUCCUCUAUUCUUUCUCUAUUUGCUCUGCUCUUGUCUGGGCUGAUGUAGCUGACGGUGCGCGGCGCGCCUAAAGGCUGUGGUGCACAUUUUACGCAUUUGGAGAGGUGGGCUGGAUGCUUUGCUUUUACUGGAAGAUGGUCCACUUAACGCACGGGUGUAGACUAAAUAUUAAUGACAAAUGAAUGAAAAUUAAAUUGGGAGUUUUUACUUCAUAUUUUAGAAAUAAAAAUGACGGGGGAAAACAUUUAUGAUGUCUUUUUAAACGAAAUUUUCUAGCGCGACCUGCCUGCUUCACUUAAGUCGCUGCUUAUUAAGGUCCGUCCAGAAUUACCGUGGCCCACCCAAAAAUGAAAACCUGGCGCCGCGCCUGUUAUAAACCUCUGCAAAUUGUUGUUCUUCACGUUAUCGAACUCAGACUUUGUACAGCUAAUGUCAAGAUGUAAAAUUAUGAAUUCAGUCGAGCUCUUCCGUCCCUCCCUCUCCUGCUCUCCUGGAAACCCGACAUCGCCUGUCAGAAGCGGGAGGUGAAGAAGGAGAUGAGGCAAACAGAGUGAGUGCGACAUAGAGAAACCAGACUGGUGUGGAGGUGAGCAAACAGCUGGAAAAGUGUGGGUGUUGAAUCCCCCACGGGUGCGACGCCCAUGCGAGCGUCCUGUAUCGGCUGCUGUCACCUGUCGUGAGCAGCUCUCUGCUGUCUGAGGGUAGGCCCCGCCCACAACGCUGCGGCUGCUGCGGUGUUUUCUUUACUGUGGGAAAUGGGUAAUAAUGGCUCUUUGAUGUGAACAGGUUGCCGACCCCGGUAUAAGAUCUGAGCUGGUAAAACAAAAAUCCUCAUCAGCAGGCUUUUUUUAAAGUGGGGGGGACACAGCUGCCAAUCACAAAUUUUGCCGGGGACAUGUCCCCGGCGUCCCCGGUUAAAAUGACGCCUAUAACUACCGGCUAUGCAGACCAAACUCGCGCUCCUCUGGUAAAGGGACUGAAUGGCACUUAACAGAAAGCCACCCACCCCAUACUCCUGGAGCGUCCCCCACAGGGUGCCCCUGGGGACACGGUCAUAAGCCUUCUCCAAAUCCACAAAACACAUGUGGAUAUCUGUCAUACAUUUAACUUAACUUAACUUUGUCCUUGUAUGAAUGGAAAUGGUGAUGACCUUGUCAUAUCAACAUGCUGAAACUCAAUCAAUGUAAUCAUAACAUUCAUUUCAAACUUCAAUCAUUGAGCACAGAUUAAUGAAAAAAAAUCAUUAUACUAUAAUUAUUGUAAGUAGCGAUGAACAAAUGUUUAUUUAAUGAAUAUCUAGCUUACAAGUUUUAGAAGUUCAUAUUUAAUUUAAGAAAUCAUUCUUUGAUUUGGCAACUAAUCCAAGAUGCGAGUGUUCCUUAUUUGGAGGCAUGAAGAAUCCUGUAGGACAGUAAGGGAAGCUGGACCUUGAGGAGAGAACAUCAUUGUUGACAAUUCGCUAUCACGUGUUCAGAGCCGCAGAGAGGCUCUGAGCUUCAGCUGAUGGGAUGAAGGCAGGCCGGUUAACACAUGCAGUCUCGUGUCUCCAUUUUGACCAGAUGUUGAAUAGUCAAACUGUACCUAAAAACUGACCAUUGCUGGACGUUACACAGACACUAGAAGGCUUAGCACAUCUACCUAGCUUGAAUGCUAACUUGCCUGCAUUUAAUAAAUGUCAGUCUGUGAACUUCAAGCUAACUGUGGAAGAGGAGGGAGGGGAAUGAAAGGAAUUAAUUUCUGUGUGUUGGAGGUAAGUGAUUGGCGUAGCGUUGCAUUAGACUAUUAUUUUAGUCUGUUGUAGCACAGCGCUAACUGCGUUGAUGGAAUAUUUUCUUUUUUUUGUGACAAAUAAAAUUUUGCUACAAAAAAAUUUCAAACUUAAAGUAGUGGUAAUCCCCUGUCAGAGUCUUACUCCACCCACAUUUCAUAUUUGAAAAAUGCGGCCCAAAGAGGCGUUUCCUGUAAGACCGAGAAGGCGGAGCUACGACCGUGAUUGACAUACUGAAAUUUGAAUACAGAUGGCGACGGAGAGCGACAGUAGCUCAGAGCAGUCAUUCGAGGUGGAGGACUUUUCCCCACCUUCUUCCCCAGAGGAUAGGGAGGAGGGCUUAUUGGGGGAAGCAAGCGGUCCUGAACCGUAUCUUUUUGAGCCACUAGCUUGUGAGUUGUCAGAGGCCCCUGGAGUCGAGCCAGCAGGAGUAUCAAGGCAUCUAAUGGGUCCAGUCUCUGAGUGGUGCACCUUUGGCCACUGCACAUCAUUGUCUGCCAGAGAAAAUGUGUGCUGCAGAGAAACGCCCAAGGUAAUGCUCAGGUGUCAGCAGGUGGGUGUAACCUCCUGCAUAACAGAGCAUCCUGGUUUUGAGGCUGUUGCUCUGAAUCCCUACGUGUUGCAGGCAGUUUAUGGCAGCUUUCUGCAACUCUAUGGGGAGAUGCAGGAGACUACGCUCAACAGCUGUUACAGACAUCUGGCGUACCGGAAUGUGGUCAGGUGGUGUUGGGGUUACCUGGGACAGCACGUUCGUGUUGUGAUCCCGUCAUGCGCUGUCUCCAGAAUAAGGCAGGAGUUCCCAGAAGACGGUGCAUACAAAGGAUUCCUCCCUCCUCUGAACUAAUAUAUAUUUUUUGGAUUAAAUAAAUGUUAUAAUAUAUA